UCUUUAUCACUUCCGAGUUCCAACCCCAGCUGCAAACUCCUCACACACGCGCGCUCGGGUAGAGGUUGGGAGAGAGAGAGAGAGAGACGAAGGGGAGAGAGAGAGAGGUCAGGGAGAUCGAUGAUGGAGAGGGCCGAGGACUUAGGGCUCAGCCUCAGUCUCAGCUCGUCGCUUGCUCCUCGCACCCACCAUGUCGCCAUGCUGCUCCACGCUCCAGAGAGGAGAUUACUGGAGAUGCCACUGCUUCCUGCGAAGCGGGUCUGCGAGGUCUCUGCGGACGAGGAGCGCUCCGGCCAGCGUGGCGGCAGCGACGACGAGGACGGCGGCUGCGGCAUGGAUGGCUCCCGCAAGAAGCUCCGGUUGUCCAAGGACCAGUCCGCCGUGCUCGAGGACAGCUUCCGGGAGCACCCCACUCUGAACCCGAGGCAGAAGGCAGCCUUGGCGCAGCAGCUGGGCCUGCGGUCGCGGCAGGUGGAGGUGUGGUUCCAGAACAGACGCGCAAGGACGAAGCUGAAGCAGACGGAGGUGGACUGCGAGUUCCUGAAGCGAUGCUGCGAGACGCUGACGGAGGAGAACCGGCGGCUGCAGAAGGAGGUGCACGAGCUCCGCGCGCUCAAGCUCGUCUCCCCGCACCACUACAUGCACAUGUCCCCGCCCACCACCCUCACCAUGUGCCCCUCCUGCGAGCGCGUCUCCAACAACAACAACAACAACAACAACAACUCCACCGCCGCCGACCGCCGCAACGGUGUCGAGGGCGCCAUCUGCCACCGACCCAUCGCCGUCCGGCCGCAGCAGUCAUGAAUCAUGAUCGACCGCUCGACAACCUAGUAGCCACUAGUCAGUCUACUUACUAGACAGUAGGCAGUACACCGUAUCAAAACCAGCAGUUUCGCACAUUUAUUCGCGCAAAACUGUUGCCCUCGCUCGAUCGUUCUGAAUUUUUUCUUUGUCAGGAAGGAACACGAGUAUUAAUGCGUCA